AUGUUGAUAAAGAGUAAAUUCGCAAUUGUUUGGGCGGGACUUUUAGCGUUUGGGUACGGGAGUGAACUGGACGUAACGAAUGGAUUCUCGUCUACUGAUGGUGCGUUCUAUACCGACGAUGCGGUUAUUUUAAACGCUCCCGCAGAACGUGUGAAACGUGACGUGGUUAACUCAACUCGCGAUGGCAAACAAUUGCUGUUAGUGCAGCUAAGACAGGCCGAAGGAGUUCAAGGAAAGGACUGUAAAACGGCUCUUGGGAAGAAGGGAUCAUGCAAGACUUACAAUGACUGCUACCCUUUGCUCAAAGUAGCUGACUUUUCUGGUGGGGACGGGUGGGUCAUGGGUCAUUAUGACACUUGCAGAUUUGUCAAUGAAGAAAAUAAGGAGGUGUAUGGAGUGUGCUGCACAGACCCGGUGGACACGCCCCCGCAAGAGGCCCCUGAUGUGCAGAGGUUCGGAUACAUACAGCCUGCCGUCCCUCUACAGUUUCUGCCAGGAUUUGCAGCACUGACAAGAUGGUCAUACGGCAACGACGGCGACUUCCGUCAGAUUCCCGCACAAUGGCCGCCGACGAUCCCUCCUCUGCCUACCCACCCGCCCGACCACACUGCGCCUACGCAUCCACCUUCUCUAGUUGCAGGUGUAACAAAACCACCAAGUAACUUCCCAGCUGCACCUACAACCUGGCCUACUAGGCCUCCCAGCACAACCAAGCAGACGUGGGCCCCAGCAUAUCCUACUAAGCCGAGUGUGCCAGCACAGCCAGUGCCUUCUCAGCCUGCAGUGGAUGGAUCCUGUGGAAUUAAGAAUGGACCUCAGACCUACGACAGUAAUUAUCAAGACGAGGAACGUAUAGUAGGUGGGCACAACGCUGACCUGAAUGAGUGGCCGUGGAUUGUGGCACUCUUCAACGCUGGGCGACAGUUCUGCGGCGGCUCCCUAAUAGACGACAAACAUGUGCUUUCUGCAGCCCAUUGUGUGGCACAUAUGACGUCCUGGGAUGUGGCUCGGCUUACGGCCAGACUUGGAGACCACAACAUUCGCACCAACACCGAAACUCAACAUAUUGAAAGGAAAAUCAAGAGGGUGGUGAGACAUCGCGGAUUUGAUAUGCGUACUCUGUACAAUGAUGUCGCCGUAUUGACAAUUGACCAGCCCGUUGCCUUUAGCAAGUACGUCCGUCCCAUUUGUUUGCCGGUUGGUGGCAGAUCCACAUACCAGGGCAAAAUCGCUACAGUCAUCGGUUGGGGAAGUUUGCGAGAAAGUGGACCUCAGCCUUCUGUUCUGCAAGAAGUGUCGAUUCCAGUUUGGUCUAACCAGGAGUGCAAGUUGAAAUAUGGUGGAGCUGCUCCAGGUGGCAUCGUAGAGCACAUGCUUUGUGCUGGAAAAGCUAGCAUGGACUCUUGCAGUGGUGACAGUGGUGGCCCUCUGAUGGUAAAUGAAAAUGGCCGUUGGACUCAAGUCGGUAUCGUGUCGUGGGGUAUUGGUUGCGGCAAAGGCCAAUAUCCCGGUGUCUACACACGUGUCACCUACUUCUUACCUUGGAUUCAGAAAAACGCUCAAUAA